AAUGGAUCUUUUUCAUAUUUCUCGAUAUGGAGGAGAGGAAAAAUUGGAAGACGAAGGUGAUCAGGAUGAGUCCCUCAAAAAAAUAUUAAGAAGAGCAAAAAGAAAGCGCAAGCAAGAGGAAGAAAGUAAAAAGCCAGAAAAAGAGACUAAAAAGAAACUGAAAGUAUCUGAAGAACCAUCUGAGGAAAAAGAAAGCGUACCUGAUGAAAAAAGUAAUGAUUCUGAGGAGAUAGCUACAGAUUCUAAAACAUCCGAAGAAGUAACAGGAACUAAUAAUUUUCAAGUUAUUGGUGACGAUAAUUUACAAAAGAAGAAAACUGUUCUUCAACGAAAAUUACCAAAAUGGUUGAGAGAUCCGGAAAAUAUAGAAGUUAACAUAAAUCAGAAUACUACAUCUAUCGAUGGAUUAGAAUUUCUUAGUUCUGAUCUAAUUACCCAGCUAAAAGAAAAUUCUAUAACUCACUUAUUUCCUGUUCAAAGUAAAAUUAUACCCAUGAUUAUGCAAUCUACUUCCACUGUUGUACCGCCAAGGGAUAUUUGUUGCGCAGCUCCUACUGGAAGUGGAAAAACUCUAUCCUACGUUUUACCUUUAGUGAACAAUUUAAAAGACAGAGUUGUUCGUAAAAUACGAGUACUGGUAGUUUUACCUGUUCGGGAAUUAGCUAAGCAAGUCUUUAAUGUUUUUCAAACGUAUUCUAAAAAGUAUGGUCUAAAUACGGCUUUGCUAGCUUCGUAUUCAAGCUUUCAACAAGAGCAAAAGAAUUUAACAAGAGAAAAUCUAUUAGGAGAGUUUGAAAGCUUAGCUGAUAUUGUUGUUGCUACACCUGGUCGACUUGUUGAUCAUGUUUAUGGGACAAAGGGUUUUGAUUUGAGACAUUUAAGGUAUAUAGUUUUGGACGAGGCCGAUAGAAUAAUGGAAGAAGAAAAGCAUGAUUGGAUAAACGUUGUCGAAAAGUCUAUUUAUUCAACAAAUAGAAAGCGUUUAGUAAAUUUAAACGUAGCCAAGUAUCUAGACUCUCCAGAACCGCUGCAGAAACUAUUAUUUUCAGCGACUCUCUCAACAAACCCUGAAAAGCUAGAGUAUUUAAAACUAUAUAAUCCUAUUCUCGUGUCUGCUAGCACAACAUGUGAAAUUCCACCGGCUUUAAACGAGUCAUAUGUAUUAUGCUCAAUAGAACAAAAGCCACUAGUUAUUCUCUCAUUGAUUCUUCAUUACAAAUACAAAAGAGUUUUGUGUUUCACCAAUACGAUAGAUGGAGCUAAUAGAUUAUAUUGGUUACUAAAAUUAAUUGGAGAUAUAAAAGUACACCUCGUAUCAUCUAGUUUAACGACGAGUAAACGCCAAAGGCUUUUAAAUUCGUUUAGUAAAGGAAAAGUUGAUAUUUUAAUAUGCUCAAAUGCUUUAGCUAGAGGAAUUGAUGUGGAAAAUGUUAAUUGCGUGAUAUCAUAUGAUUGUCCAACCUAUUUGGAGACUUAUGUACACAGAGUCGGUAGAACUGCCAGAGCAGGAAAAGCUGGUACAGCAAUUACAAUAGUUGAUGAAGAAGAGCAUAGAAGUUUCAAAAAAAUUAUAAAAUCGGUCAGCCGUCAAAGUGAUAAUCUUAAUCGCAUUAAUAUCGACGAAGAUAAGCUGACCGAUUUACUUCCAAAAUUGACUAAAGCUUUACAAAGCCUACCAGCAGUCCUUAAGAUAGAGAAGCCUAUUGAGGCACUUUACAUUAGUCAAGAACACGUUUAG